AUGCGGAUCAAGAAUGCUAAAGAAGCUUGGGAAGUUCUCAAAGAAGAAUUCCAAGGCGAUGUAAAAGUGAAAGCUAUCAAAUUGCAGUCUCUCAGACAGGAUUACGAGAAUAUGAAGAUGAAAGAAAAUGAGUCACUUAAUGACUAUUCGUCUAGAUUAACCGAUUUGGUUAACCAGAUGAAAAGUUAUGGUGAUGAAAUUGAUGACCAAAGAAUCGUCGAGAAAAUUCUCAUUACCAUUCCGGAAAAAUUUGAUCCAAUUAUAGCAGUCAUUGAAAACACCAAAGAUCUCAAAACUUUGGGUAUUCAAGAACUGUUAAGUUCGUUGAAGUCUUACGAGCAACACAUGACACGUCACACUGGCAGGACGAUUGAAAGUGCAUUUCAGUCCGGUUUACAAAGUGAUAAAAAGCCACCACAAAGUUACGAAAGAGGGAGCUCAUUCCGUGGUGGAAGAGGAGGCAGAAAUUUUAGAGGUCGAGGACGUGGCCAAAGCUAUGGAGCUUCAAGACCCCGAUUCAACUUUGAAAGAAAAUCACUCGCCGAAGCAAAUUCUUACAAAUGUUCGAUUUGCAAGAAAGAUAAUCAUGAUGAAAAAGAUUGUUGGAACAAAGGAAAGUUUCAAUGUUCUUAUUGUAAUAGAUUUGGACACCUUGAAAAAUUUUGUCAACAAAAGAACCAACAACAACAAGCCAACUACUCCGAAGAAAAACAAAAAGAUGGAAAUGUCUUUUUUUGUCACUCAGCCACCGUCAACAAAACUGACAUUUGGUUUCUUGACAACGGUUGUAGUAAUCAUAUGACCGGUGAUGAAAGUAUUUUGGUCAAUAUUGAUACUACAAUUAAAUCUCAUGUGAAAAUGGGAAAUGGAGCUGUGGUGCAAGUGAAAGGCAAAGGCAAGAUCCCGGUGGAAACCAAAAGAGGUACCAAAUACAUUAAUGAUGUUUUGUUAGUUCCCGAUCUUGACCAAAAUUUGCUUAGUGUUUGA